AUGGACUUCCUAACAACCGACUGGCUCGACGAAUCUGACGAGUCCGACCUCGCGAACGACCACGGCCCUCGGGACGACGAGAUCCAAGUGCGGUGGCAGAGCUCCCAAGCGUGUCCGGCAUUGAAAUCGUUGCUCGUCAAUGCUGGUGGUGGUGGUGGUCGAGCAGGUGGUGGGGAUGGUGAUAAAGCAAGUGGUAGUGGUGGUAGUGGCGAUGGUGAUAAACGCAAGAAUGCGUUUCGAGGACCGAAUGGGAGUCCGAGGAAGAGUUUGUCCACUGGUAGUAUAUUUGGCUCAGCGAUAGCAGGCCCGUCGUCUCUGCUAUGGGGCGGAGAACCCCAAACAAGACAGGGCAACACCUCGGCACCACGACGACCACGGGCACUAGCAGCGAUCUCCAGGCGGGAUAUUUAUAAUUCUUCCACCACGACUACGACAAGCUCAGGAUCAAACGCAAACGCAAACGCAAACGCAAACUCAAACUCAAACUCUUCCUCAUCAUCAUCAUCAUCAGACUCCCUCGCCAACUUCAUCCAAGCACUCCAAAACGUCAAAGCUCAAGUCGACGAGAACCUACAUUCCAAAAACUUGGAAUAUGCAGCGGCGGCGGCGGCGGGGAAAGGAUUGGGGAGGACGGGGAAGGUGGCGAAGAAGCCACUUUCCAGGGUCGGGCGGCACGGUCACGGUGGCACAAAUGUGCAUGCGCAUUUGACCGCGGCUGGACAGCCCUACCCGUUGACGAGGAGGAGGACGGUGACUGUGGACCCAGUGCUAGGGAGGGCAGCGGAUGUGAAGGGAAAAGGGAGGGCUUUGGGUACCGAUCGCACCGUGAGGGAACGAACGCGAUCCUCAAGACCUCCCUCGCUGAUGGACAUCGACGACGAUCCAUACUGUGUACAGGAAACCGUGAGGGGUGCGGAGUCCGAGCUGGUGGACGCGGAUGGGAUGCCGCCACCCGCUCUGCCACCCGAGAGCGAUGUCGAGGAUGCGGUUAUGGCCGACGCGCCGCCACCACCACUACCACCACAGACUCGAUCCUUCUCCCGGUCGCACUCGACGCCGCAUGUGGACGGUGGGACGGCCGUGAGGCCUUUGUGGGCGCAGCAGAAGCCUGGUAUCACGUCGAGAACGACGACGAAUUCGGCUGGUCCGGUUUCUUCAAUCUCGAGCGACUCGACUGCUGCGAUUUCAACUGUUACUACGGCUGCGACCGCGAUCGCGACUACGGCUACGACGACGACCGGUGUGACUGUGAAACCUUCAACAACGCGUCUCGCACCCCCUGCUCAGAAUGCACGUCCCAAGUCGCCCGUUAACGGCGCUCCUGCUCUUCCACCCUCCCAACACCAACAGCAGCAGAAUCAACAGCAGAAUCGACGCCCACCGGUAUUGGGUAUGCGUCGUGUGCAUACCUUCUCUUCUUCCACUACGACGACGUCUGGCGCGAAUACAAACGGGGCAGUUGGUGCGCCAAAUGCAAGUCAGUCGCGUCUUGGAGUAGGAAUGGGGAGUCAGUCCCGGUAUGCAGCUCCUUCGCACGGGCAGCAGUUGCCCACUAAACAGAGGGGGUUUAAACCGCCUUUGUUGAAUCGUGCUUCGACGACGACGACCACGACGGCGAUGACGACGGGUAUUAGGGCCAUGGGAGCGACGACGGGUGCUACCACCGCCACGAGCGCGGCGAGUUCAGCUUUCAAACGGACUUGGUCGAGUGGUUCGACGUCUACCAACUCCUCGUCUGCAUCUGGAUCUGCGCUAUCGGGUACGACGUCUGGAUCCGCCGCCUCCACCUCCUCCCCGUCGAAUACUAGUAGGACGUCGUCCUUCGUGCAUCCAGGCCCGACGAGUUCGCAGACGAGUAGUAGUGAAGGUGAUUCGCCUCAUCCCCACCGCCGAGUUGGGAGUGGGGGUGGGAGUGGUGUUGGCGGGAUGAGGGCGAAUGUGAAUGCGAGGAGGGCGGUGCCCAAGACUGGGUUCUGUAACCCUCGAAUUGAAGAUCAAGAGGAACACGAGGGUAGGGCAGUAGAUGAACACGAGGAUAAGGACCCCGCCGCCGCCGCCGCCGACGAGGACGACGAUUUUCGAAUGCUCUCAGACGACCCUAACGAUUCUUCCUAUGGAGACCUUAUCGAUUUCCCGUUUGAGGAGGAGGCGUUGGAGGAGGUUAUGAAGAUGUAUGAUUAG